AUGGGCAAGCUAGAUGGAAAAGUUGCGCUCAUCACAGGUGGUUCUGAAGGCAUUGGUUUAGCCACUGCUCAAAGGUUUAUUGCUGAAGGUGUAGAACAUAUUUUUAUCACUGGACGUCGCCAAGAAAUACUAGACGAAGCCAUAAAGAAAAUAGGUAGCAACAGAGUGACUGCAGUACAAGCCGAUUCAUCUAAUCUGACUGACCUCGAUAAGCUAUGUGAAAUUAUCCAGAAAGAUAAAGGUCGUUUAGACAUCGUCUUUGCCAAUGCAGGAACCGGAAUAUUUAUACCAUUGGGUGCUAUCACUGAAAACCAAUUUGAUGAAAUUUUCAAUAUCAAUGUCAAAGGAGUAUUGUUUACCGUACAAAAAACUUUGCCGUUGAUGGUAGAUGGCGGAUCAAUCAUUCUGAAUGGAUCUGUCUUAUCCAUUAAAGGUCAUCAUGCUGCGAGUCUGUUAAGCGCGACCAAGGCAGCUGUUCGUUCUUUUGCUCGUACAUGGGCCGUCGAUUUAAAGGAGCGCAAGAUUCGAGUCAAUACGAUAAGUCCUGGAGCAAUCGAAACACCGGGAUUGAAUAAAGUUGGGUUUGAUGAAGAGGAGAAAAAAAAGGUCGUCUCUGGUUUUCUAUCGGCUAUACCAAUGAAACGUUUUGGUACGGCUGACGAAAUUGCAAAAGCUGUCGUUUUUCUCGCUUCAGACGAUAGUAGCUAUAUUACGGGUAUCGAACUUUCUGUGGAUGGAGGUGUAGCACAAGUCUGA